CGCCGCUGAUCUUCCCUGUCUCAUUCCCUUCGACCAUCAUGGGCUGAGUCUCGUACGACUUACUGUCCCGCCUCAACUUCUGAACAGGGACAAUCCGACAAACCACCACAAUGAAUCGCAUCCGGAGACUUAUCUCUCCUCGGCCGACCUAUGAGGCAAUCGAGCAGCCGGUUGACCCCGACGAUGAGAGCACCCAUUCCUCCCAUCAGCACCGGAAACAUGCCCCUUUCUCCAAAUACGAAUAUGCAGUAUUCUUCCUCCUGGGGGUGUCCAUGUUGUGGGCGUGGAACAUGUUCCUCGCUGCUGCCCCGUACUUCUACCACCGUUUCCACUCAGACGACUGGGCAGCGACUCAUUACCAACCCUCUAUAUUGAGCGUAUCCACCGUCACUAACCUAGGCUCAUCGUUCAUCCUCGCCAAGCUACAGAAGGGAGCAUCGUAUCCUAAGCGGGUCACUAUCUCUCUGCUUAUCAACAUAGUAGUGUUCACACUUCUGGCCUUCUCCACCAUCCUCAUGAAAGAUGUCGCAGUGGGCACAUACUUCGCCUUCCUGAUGUUCAUGGUCUUCGGAGCCAGUCUCGCCACAGGAAUCAACCAAAAUGGCGUAUACGCCUACGUCUCCGGUUUCGGACGAGAGGAAUACACCCAGGCCAUCAUGGGCGGUCAAGGCGUAGCGGGAGUAUUGCCCUGCAUCGUCCAGAUCCUCUCCGUGAUCUCCGUCCCCAGUAAGAAAGAAGGCCAGGCCGCGCCGCCAGAAUUCUCCAAAUCAGCAUUCGCCUACUUCAUCACAGCUACAGCCGUGUCAUCAUUCGCUCUCCUCGCCUUCCUAUCUCUCGUAAAGCGCCGCUCAGCCACCACCCUCUCCGACGCAACAGAUGACCACAGCGACUCAGGCGUCUCCGAAAAUGACCCCAGCAAGACCGUCAGCCUCUGGACCCUCUUCAAGAAGCUCCGCUUCAUGGCCACAGCUAUCUUCCUCUGCUUCACCAUCACCAUGACCUUCCCCGUCUUCACAGCGGAGAUCGAAUCCGUCCACGCUCCAACCCCCAACCGAUCUCGACUCUUCGACCAGGCCGUUUUCGUCCCCCUGGCGUUCUUCUUCUGGAAUGCAGGUGACCUCCUCGGACGUAUGCUCGUCCUGGUCCCCCGUCUCUCAUUGGUACAUCGCCCCUUGGCGCUGUUCCUCUUCUCCAUUGCGCGAGCAGGAUUCAUCCCUCUCUAUCUGCUCUGUAAUAUCCGUGGACGGGGUGCUGUCGUGGAAAGCGACUUCUUUUACCUGUUUGUUGUGCAGUUACUCUUUGGCAUCAGCAAUGGUUAUCUGGGCAGCAAUUGCAUGAUGGGCGCCGGUCAAUGGGUGUCUCCUGAGGAACGUGAACCCGCGGGUGGGUUCAUGGCAUUGAUGCUCGUUGGUGGGUUGACGGCGGGAAGCUUGAUGAGCUUUUUGGUUGCUGGUGCUUGACGGUGUGGAGGUUUAUAUCAUGUAGAUUUUAUUGCGGUCUUUCUGGUGUUGUUGCUCUAAUAUAUAGACUAGGUACUGGUGUCGUAGGUUGAGAUUACCUCGGCACGAGGUAGUCAAUUGAGCCCUUCGGAGCUAUAGUGGGUGAAUGGGUCUUCUGAAUAUAGCUAUCCAAUUAUGGGCCUGAAAGAUAUGGAACCCUCUGUCAAG